AUCUUUCUUCCUGGCAACGCCAUUGUCACUGCUCUCUCAGUCCAGUCCGCUGAGGGAGUUUGGGGUCGCUGGACCUCAGGCCGCUCCACCCUGGAGCCGCGUGAGGCUGCUUGAGGUCCGGAGCUCAGCUAUGGAGUCUGUAUCUUUUGAGGAUGUGGCUGUGAACUUCACUGCGGAGGAGUGGGCUUUGCUGAAUUCUUCCCAAAAGAGGCUACACAGAGAUGUGAUGCAGGAAACCUUCAGGAAUUUGGCUGCCAUAGCAAAAAAGCAAGAAGACUGGAUCCUUGAAGAUGGCUCUAAAAAUUUAAGAAAAAUUCCUCCCAUUUCAGUUCAGACUGACUAUAAACUAUGUGAGAGUCAAGAAUGCACAGAGAAACCAGGCACAUGUAAGAAGUGCGGGAAAUUCUUUAGUUCUCCCCAAAGUUUUCUGGAACAUAUGAAGACUCACAAUGAAGAGAAAACUUACAAAUAUAAGCAAACUGAAGACAGUUUUAGCAGACACAGUUUUGUUCAGGGGCAUGAAAGAAUGCAUGCUACGGAACAGCCCUGUGUUUUAAAACAAAGUGGGAAAGACUCUUUGACUCUUGCUGGUAUUCAACAGCACAUAAUAACACAUAAUGGAGAUGAGCCAUAUAUAUGUAAAGUAUGUGGUAAAGCCUUUUACUCUUCCAGUUCUUUCUUGACACAUAAAAGAACUCACACCAGAGAACAGCUUUAUAUAUGUAAGCAAUGUGGCAAAACCUUCACUUAUUCCAGUGGCCUUCGUCGCCAUGAAAGGACCCAUAGUGGAGAGAAACCCUAUGAAUGCAAGCAGUUUCUGAAAGUCUUUCCUUCUUUGAGGAAGGUUGAAAGUCAUGAACAAACUCACAAUGGAAUAAAAUACAUAUGUAAUCAGUGUGGGAUAGCCUUCAGUGAUCACUGUUCCCUUCAGUGCCAUGAAAAGAUUCAUAGUUUAGAGAAACCCUAUGUAUACAAGCAAUGUGGGAAGACAUUCACUUGUUCUAGUGCCUUGCGAAGACAUGAACGAAUUCAUACUGGAGUGAAACCCUAUGAAUGCAAGGUAUGUGGGAAAGCCUUCAUUGAUUGCAGUUCUCUUCAGUGUCAUGAAAGGAUUCAUAGUGGAGAGAAACCUUAUGUAUGUAAGCUGUGUGGGAAAGCGUUCAGUCGUCAGGGCUCUCUGAAGUGUCAUGAAAGAAUUCACAGUGGAGAGAAACCCUAUGCAUGUAAGCAGUGUGGGAAAGCCUUCAUGCAUCACAAUGCUCUUCGAUACCAUGAACAGAUUCACAGGGGAGAGAAGGCCUAUGGCUGUAAGCAGUGUGGGAAAGCCUUUGUGUUGAGCAGCGCACUGAAAAAACACGAGCGGAUACAUAGUGGAUUGAAACCUUGUCUAUGCAGGGUGUGUGGGAAAGCCUUCACGUUUCACAGUUCCCUUCAUUGCCAUGAAAGGACUCAUACUGGGGAGAAACCCUAUGUGUGUAAGCAGUGUGGGAAAGCCUUUAUGUAUCACAGUUCUCUCCGUUGCCAUGAAAAUAUACACAGUGCAGAGAAACCCUAUGUGUGUAAGCUGUGUGGGACCGCCUUCACUUAUCACAGUUCUCUUCAACGCCAUGAAAGAAUCCACAGAGGAGAGAAACCAUAUGUAUGUAAAUUCUGUGCAAAAGCCUUCACUGAUCACAGUUCCCUACGAUGCCAUGAAAGAAUUCACACUGGAGAGAAACCGUAUGUAUGUAAACAAUGUGGGAAAUCCUACAGUACUCAUGGUUCCCUUAGAUACCAUGAAAAAGUGCACUGUGUGUAAGCCACGUUGGAAGACCUUCUCCUCUUUGAAUAAGUUUUAAUUUCAUUAACUCAAAAGAAAAACAAACAAACAAACUAUACGGAUAUAAGCUAUGUGAAUAAGCCUUAGCAUGUUCUGGUUCCCUUAAAAAAAAUGAAUGGGGACACAGUGGAAACUUAUCUCUAAAUAUAAACUAAAGGAACGCUCCAGAUCUCUCUAGCAAACAUGAUGGUAUAAUGAAUUUAACUUGUAUCGAUGCAAAGCAUGUGAGAUUAUCUCUACUUGUCUCAGUUCACUUCUCAGAAACCACUAUGGAGAUGAGGAGAUGUCUCAGUUUGUAUAGUCCUUGCCAUAGAAGCAUGAGAUCCUGGGUUUAAAUCCUCAGCACCCAUAUAAAAGCCAGACAUGAUGGCAUACCCCUGUGUCCAGUGCUAGGGAGGCAGAGACAAGAGACCCUGAGGCUUGCUGGUUAGCUGGUCCAUGAUGGCAAUGCACAUGUAUGGAGUUUCCUGUAGAAGCCUAAACUUGGAAUGGACUUAGACCAACUUUAUUUCCAGUUUCUUCUAAAACUGCCCACUGAUUAGUCACAUGGCUCUUAGCUUUAGGAUUAACUCCUGCAUCAACAUUCUUCAAAUCACUGGACAACUUUGGGCAUCAAGUCAGUUCAGGUCCAAUAAGAGAGUUCUCAAAAACUAAAGUGGAGAAUGAUUAAGGAAGACACCCAACACACAAAAGUCUGGAUUUUCCUACUAGGCUCUUGUCAUUACAUCAAUCUCUGGCCUCUAUGUGCAAGUACAGUGUGUACCCACACAUAUGAACACUCAUCCACACAAUCAUGCACACCACACACAUGAAAGAACACACCAUAUCAAGAACCUCCAUUAGAAGAAACCUGCAAGUCUUCAGUUGUCCAGUAUAUCAAAAUACACAGUCAAAACCUUAUACAUUUGGUAGAAUUGCCUUUUGUAGCAUAUAAUGUCAAAGUCUGAUGCAAUACGAUUCUGUUAACACAACUAAUGUGAAGAGCCUGGUAUAAAAUAAUUCGUGUAGAAUGCUUUAGAGAUUGCACAGUUUAGAGGAGGGUUUGUCAGUGGCACAUUUGUAGGUAGAUCUGAAUAAUACAGUGUGCUCAUUUUAUUCUUGAAAAUAAAUGUUCUCUGGGUGUGGUGGUGCACACCUUUAAUCCCAGCACUUGGGAGGCAGAGGCAGGAGGAUUUCUGAGUUCGAGGCCACCCUGGUCUACAGAGUGAGUUAGUUCCAGGACAGCCAGGGCUAUACAGAGAAACCCCGUCUUGAAAAACCAAAAUAAUAAUAAUAAUAAUAAUAAUAAUAAUAAUAAUAAUAAUAAUAAUAAUAAUAAAAUAAAAAGAAAAUAAAUGUUCUAGUGAAAUUAUUUAAUAAGAUUUACUUAAAUAGUUGCAUGUGCUUAAUCUAUAGUUUCACUGUUAGUAAAUUAAUUUAAACAUUGACUUGAAAUGUCUUUCUAAUAUGUGAACAGUUUUAAUUUUUGUGUAUUUUUUAAAUAAUUGUGUCUAAUGAACCUAUAAAAAUGUUUAAUUGGGCUGGGAAAGUGACUCAAUGGGAAACCAUCAGGACUGAGGUCAUAGCCCCAGUACCCAUGGAAACAGCCACAUGUAGCCAAAACAUGCCUGCAACAUCAUUGUUGAAAGUGGGGAUGGUGCUGGAAGAUUACUGCGACCUGCUGACAAGCUCCAAGACUAGUGCAAGACUAUGCCACAGCGAAGAUGCAGAGGCAGUAGAAGAGGAUGCUUGAUGAUGUCCUCUGGCUUCCACUCAUGCAAGCUAGGUGCACUCACAAAAGGCAAUUAAUAGUCUGGAUUUCUCUACUAGACUCUUGUCAUGGAAUAUAUAUAUUCAGAACAAAUGACUUUUUUUUUUGGUUAUUCGAGACAGGCUUUCUCUGUGUAGCCUUGACUGUCCUAGAACUCACUUUGUAGACCAGGCUAGCCUCGAACUCAGAAAUCUGCCUGCCUCUGCCUCCCAAGUGCUGGGAUUAAAGGCGUGCGCCACCACGCCUGGCACAAAUGACUUUUAAAGUGGAUUUAAUUAUUUUUCACUUUCUUUGCCUUGAGAAAAUCAAUAACUUUAUUUUUUCUCAAAUACACAGUUAGAAAAUUAGUCUGAGAAGAGGUUUUGUGACAUAAACUAGAUAAAGUAUAUACAAAAAUCUAAGAAGUGCAGAAUAGAAGUCCCACUGGCUAGGUCCUGCCCAUCAGAGGGGAAGCCAGGUCUUUGAUAGUUUUGGAGUUCAGGUGAGGGAUCCUGACCUUCAGGAGUCUGCUGCUGGCAUACUUGACAGUAAUGAACUUGGUGAGAUUUUCAUUGACUUUCACAACGUUCUUGGCCAAGUGCUUCAUGACUUCCAGUGCUUCACUCUCCAUGUAUCCUGUGUAAUACUGCUGCUUUAAAUUGCGUUUUCCUUGGCCCAGCACCACCCGAGACAGACAGGAAGCAGCAGCUGCAGCAGGAGUGUCAGCUCCAUCAGAUACUUGGCUAAAGUGUGUUGUUCAACAUCGACCUCCCUGGCAUUUGAGGCUCACCUUAAGAAGUAGAAUGGUGAAGUCCAGCCCAACUCCAAAUUCAACUCUUUCAAAAUUAGUUUCCAUUUCUCAGAUUUGGAAACUGGAGUAAGCAUUGUCUAAGAUAUAAACAAAGUCUUCAGUACUCAGAGAAAGCAUCAUAUUUGGAAGCCAAAAGCAGAGCUGUGAUCCUAACCAGCUGCAGCUUCUUCCCGCAGAGCAGCUGAACAUGUAGGAACUGGUCCAUGAUGGCAAUGCACAUGUAUGGAGUUUCCUGUAGAAGCCUAAACUUGGAAUGGACUUAGACCAACUUUAUUUCCAGUUUCUUCUAAAACUGCCUGCUGCUUAGUCAUAUAGCUUUAGGAUUAACUCCUGUAUCAAUAUUCUUCAAAUCACUGUACACCUUUGGGCAUCAGAGUAGCAACAUGAGGACCACCCUGGAAAGUGUAGAUGAGGCAUAGCCACUCUGGUCCACAGCACCACCAGUUGUUUUGUUUUUGACUUUUAAUAUUUUCUCCAAAUAAGAAUUCUGUGCAUAUUUUAUAGUUUUAACUAUUUUCAGCAGUAUAUAUGUGUGUGUGUAAUUUUUUUUAUAAAUAUUGACAACCUACCUGCAAAAUAACCAUAAAAGAUCAACUUCACAUUUUUCAAAAUUUUCCUUUCAUCAGAGUCAUUAUUGCCCAAAUGCAAUAAUGGGCAAUAAUUCCUUAUGUAGUGGGAUCUUACUAAUUAAUGCUCUAUUCCUAUGUAAAUUUUACCGUAUUUACGUUACAGCUUUUUAUCAUAGUUUUCCCUUCACUUUUCUUACCAAAAGAUACAUCCCACUGGUUUAAGCAAUGAUCACAUCAAAUGUAACAGAUUACAGUAAUGAAUCUAUCUACAUACCAUAUCUGAUCUGUUCAUCAGAAAUAUCAUUUUAUUUUAUUAUUUUGUGUAUGUGUAGCAUGUGUAAGCACAGUGGGUGUGGUAUAUCCGUAGAUGUCUGUGCCUGUGUUCCUUUGGAGGCCAGAGGAGGAUGUCCUUCUGCCCCACUUUUUGCCUUAAUCCCUUGACACUAUGUCUCUCCCUGAACUAAGAGCUAGGCUAAUAAUCAUCCCUGAUGUUGCGUCUGUAGGUAAUGUUUAGGUAAAUUGCCAUAGUAGAACCCUACAAAGGGUCCUGCAUAGCUCUGAAGUGCAGUAAAGGUCUCACUGCACAGAAGUAAUUUCCAAACAUCUCUUGCUUGACAGUGUUGUAAAGUAGGAGCAUAGAAGCAAGCACAAACCAUGUAGCUGCUCUAAUCAUAGUGUAGAUGUAGAACAUACUAUUUGCAAAUAAAAGUACUUCUAUUUUUG